AUCGAUCUAGACUAGUCUUUCGUUUUUGCCCUUCGAAUCAAACUUAAAAGUACAGUCUGUGUUUGUUUUGAAAACGUGUCCACAUGACUCUGGCUUGGUCACAUGACUUUCUUGGCUUCAAAAUGGCUGCUCUAAUGGAUCAGGUACUAUUGGAAGGAGAGUUCAUGCUAUUUCCUAAGAAAAAAGGUAUUUACAAAUUAACACUGACGCGUCGCGGCCUCUACUACUCACCCGUUUCAAACAGCAAUACAGUAUACGAGGAAAAAUGUAUCCUAAUAAGUGACAUCGUAGGGUGCCGUUGCUUAGAAAAAGGCGGAAAUGUAACACUUCAAGGAGCAAUACUCCCAUCAUCUAUUUCAUCACCAUCAUUGCCAACGUCAAACUCAACAGAUUCCAACCCAAAAACUAAAGAUGCAAAAGUUUACUUACAAAAAGAACCAGAGCUCCUAACAUUUCCCAGCAAUUAUUUUUUAAGGGCCCCUGAUUCUGAUACGUAUGGCUUUGUUGUGUAUGCAUACCCCUUCAAGAAAAAGUUAUUCAGUAGCAAGACAUCACGGAGCAGACUAGUGGUGGCUUUUGAAAUGGCUCAUUCAUCAGUGGAUUUGUUGGAAGAGAAAAAGAAAGAAACAUUGAAAUGGCAAAAAGCCAUUAGCCUUUUGGCUAGAGACCCACACAUUGCAAAAGAGGAUACAUCUAGCAGUGUACAGACACCUCAAGGCAAACUCCUAGUGCUCAUCAAUCCCCACAGUGGACCAGGCAAAGCGUAUACAAUAUUUAAAAGUGAAAUAGUACCUAUGUUAUAUGAAGCUAACAUUCCUUACACUGCAGUUAUUACAGAUCAUGCUGGACAUGCCAGUGAACUCAUGAAAGAAAUCUGUCUCUCUGACUGGUAUGGAGUUGUUAUUGUGUCCGGUGAUGGCCUGAUUUUCGAGACUAUAAAUGGUAUCAUGCAGAGAGAUGACUGGGCCUCAUCCAUCAAUGUACCUAUCGGCUGUCUGCCAGGAGGCUCUGGCAAUGCUUUAUGUUGUUCCAUCAACUAUGCAGCAGGCGAGCCCUUAGACCCAAUGGUUCUACAUUCUACAUUUAUUUUAGCCAAGCAUCAUGUUGUACCCAUGGAUCUUGUUAUUGUGCAAAUCCCAAAUCGUUCAAUAUUUUCAUUUCUGUCUGUAACUUGGGGCAUAAUGGCUGACAUUGAUUAUGAAAGUGAAAGAUACAGAAACUUAGGAGAAGCAAGAUUCACUCUUGGUGCAAUCAAAAGAAUCGUCAGUUUGAGGACUUAUCGUGGUAGAAUCUCAUUCCUACCAGUGGCAGAGUACACACCAAAUGAAAUGAUGAAGCCAAAAAAAGUCUUGACCAAAGUCCGCAGAUUUUCUCUCAGAAGUCGAAGCAACAGUAAAAACACACUGGAUAACGGUGAUUCAGAAAGUUCACCACGGUUAACUACAAAACGAAGUUUUAAUACAGAAAUCAGUGAGAAUGGCCUAGCAGAUGGCAACCAGCCCUGUGGUGAAGUAGGACUAGUCGGUACAAGAAAGACUGAGGAUGGAAGUGGAGAUAUGACACCUAACGCACAAAGAGUUGACAGCGACAACAUGAUAAUUCUAUCUGAGACUCAAGAGCUGCGAGUGGAAAAAGAAACUUACAGCGGCAAGAAAUCAGACUUCUCACCUGUUCCUACACCCCUCCUUCCGCCGUUGAACCAGGACGUGCCAGACAACUGGGUCCAACUAGAGGGUGGUUUUGUCCUGAUAGCUGCCGUCUACCAGACUCACCUUGGCAGUGACAUGCUUGCCGCACCGGAAGCCCACCUCUGUGAUGGUCAUAUCAAUCUGAUGAUGGUCAGAGAGGGCAUCUCCAGGAAUGCCCUGCUUAAUUUAUUUCUCUCCUUCGGACAAGGUGGUCACGUUCAUUCUCCUUAUGUUGAAAGCGUUAAAGUUCUUGCAUUCCGUUUAGAGCCAGAGACUAAAACUGGUAACAUCAUGAUAGAUGGGGAAAGGUUUGAGCCUUGUUCUCUUCAGGCUCAGAUAUUACCAGGACUGGCCAGAGUCAUGGCCAUCAAGUAGAAAAACGUUUCCAAUCUUUAUACAGUUGCUGUGCCAGUAAUGACGUUAGAGCCUUGUUUCAUGGACUUUACAUUAUAUAGAAUAACUGAUACUGGUAUGUGAUAAACUAUUUCUAGAACUCAUACACGUACAUACAUACUGCAGUUUCAAUGUAGUCCAAUAUGUUACUUUAAAAUUUGUUACUGAGAACUGCAGUCCAAAUUUGUUACUUUGAACUGCAGCUCAAUUUGUUACUUUAAACUGCAGUCCUAUUGUGUUGAGUCACAAAUUUGUCAGUUUAUUUAUUUGAAGGGUUGGUAUGCCAUGAAAAUUUUUUUUUGAAAUGUUUACUUGAAUACACAGGAUCUAAAAGUGAAUUCAAUAUUUUUUAAACUAAGCCUUUUUAUUUUUUAAUAUUAUGCUUUACACUAGAGAAUGGUAUGAUUUGAUCUAACAAAAGAAUAAUUUCAUUAUCUACAUUUUGACAGUAAGAUUUAUAGAGAGCCUCUUCUAAAGUUCUAAAACAUAAUGAUGCUUUACACUAACAUCCUCCAAUAUAAAUACCAUAAUGUUCAAAAUUAAUGAAGUAUAAUUUUUACAAAAAAGUCUGGAUGACUAACAAAUAUAUUGAAGAUGUCAGCAAGUUGAUGUCGUUGAAUGUAUGCAACAUGUUUUAAAGAAGAUUCUUGGUUGUUACUGAUUUUAAAAUGAUUAAUCUCUUGGCCAAUAUUUGUUUGUUGUGCCAAAUUGCAGCUUCUUAUGUAGUAAUACCGGUACAUAUUUCAGACUUUUAUUUAAAGUUUUUUUUAAUGAAAUAAGGAAUUUCAAUUGCUUGUUGGAAAUAUAUAGACAUGUGAACUCUUUAUAAUUAUACCGGUACAUGUGAAUGGAGUAAUAGGCAUGACUGAAUUUUUUUUUUUAAAGGCUCUCCGUAAGUCAUGACAUUAACUUAUGUUAACUUGCAUUACUGACUCCUACAAGUCAAUCUCCAGCCCCCAGUAGCCCUUUCUUAUUUCGCAACAUAUGAAUUUAUUUAAAAGCAUAAAUGACUUUUUUUUUUUUUUUUUUGCCUUUUUCUUCCUGUUAGAAAUAUAAUUGUUACUAAAAAAAAAUGUGUUUGUAUUGUGUAAAUAAUGUAAAAAUAGAGGAUGCGCAUAUUCAUUAAACAUAGUACAGCCCAGUUUUAGCUUCAUAGCUCCUAUAUAUAUUAUAUAUAUCUAUAGAGGACAUUUAUUAAAAUUACUUAAACUUUCAUGCAGUGUCAGUAAACGUGGUACUGGUCUACUUAUUUCUGCAAUUUGUAUUGUUGCAUGUAUAAUUGCUAAUUAGGUAAAUUUGAGGAAGCCAUGUCAUCUACUCCUGUUCACUGAACAUUAUAUUAUUACUUUCUUUAUUUUCUGUAUCUCAUUAGUCUCCAGAUUUAUUUUUGACUAUCUUUACAGGCUUAGAGUUAUAACCAUUUACAUCUUAUCAUCUAGUGGGCUGUGUUGAUGACUGCUUUAUGUUAUCUAGUUGACUUGGUGACAUCUAAGAUCUUAAUAACAAAUUGCCUCAUGUUUUACAACUUUGGUGCCAUAUAGUAUGCCAUCACUGAAGCUAAAAACCUUCAUUAUAAGUACCGGUACCAGUUUAUUGCACUAGGCACAUAAUUAGAUAAGCCCAAACAUUCUAAAUUGGAGUGGUUAACCUUCUGGCCUCAAACUACAGGGUCUCAGGUUAAAAAAAAAAAAUCUUGGGGAAGACGGAUUUUGAAAUUUAGGAUACCCGUAUCUGACAAUUGUUGACCACAUGGCACCCCUGUUGGCCUUAGAAACUCAACCAAUCAAAGGCCAUAUGCAGGAUUUUUUGCAGAGAGGAGUAAGCUGAAACUUAUAUUCGUAGCUUUAACUUUCUUAUUACCGGUACUUUCUAGUUACUCAAGAGUAUGAAAGAAAACUAGUGCCCCCAUCCUUAAGCAAAACUAAAUGUGAACAAAGACAUAAUAACAUGUACAGUAAAUACUAUCUGUGCUAUCUAUUACUUAUUCAUUUAUAGGUACAAAAGUAAAAUUUGGCUGCUUAGAAUUCUAGAAAAAAAAAAAGGGGGGGGGAUGUACGUAAGUACAAUAUCAGUAUCAAUUCCUGAUAAGCCUAGGGUAGUUUUUGUUUGAUGUAAUGCACAAAUAUUAAGGCACAUGGAUAAUAAUGAUUAUUAUUAAUAGUAGUAGUAUAAUUUAAUACAACUGUACUUCAGUGGUAGCACCACAGUUGCUACUUGAAUAGAUUUGAAGGUGUAAAAAUAGUCUAGAAUUCGGCAAUUCAGAAAGCAUGGGGAUGUAGGCGCCCAUGACUAAGCACAUCCUUUAAGUUUUAAAGGUUAGAAUCUUAUGUGGCAUAAAUGAUAAUUUUUGUAUAGAUUUAAGAAUUUUCUUUUACAUCAUUAUACAACCAAAGGAAAGAAAAUUUUUUGUCUAGGCUUGUUAUUUUACAUCAUUAUACAACCGAAUGAAAGAAUGCCUUAAAGUGUACAUUGUUUUUGUGAUUAGUAAAAUAAAUUGGUUGAAUAUA